UCAAACCUUCUUUACAAAAUGGUGUCGGUAAUUGCAAUUCAAAGAUGAUAAUUUCUCCCUUUGCUCGCAGUCUUCCACCUUAAAAAUAAAUAAUAGACCUCAAUCAAAAUCAGCUUUCUUGUCAAAAGCUUAAAUAAAGAUACCUCAACAAGCAAAUCUCUUAUUCUUAUUCCUACUCUUUCUUCUUUAAUUAUGUCUGAAGAAUUCAGAGAUCUUUACUACUACCACCAACGAUUUCACGAUGAUGAUCGGAAUGGUGGCCAGAAUUCUUCUACAUAUACUCAGAAUCUACAAAUGUUUAAUCAUUCUUCAUACAUGGGCUUUGGGGAGUUUUUGCAUGGAUCCACUGAACAUAACACAGUUACAAGAGCUUUUGGCUUGACCCCGUCAACCUCCGAGGCACCGGUGAUGGCCGGUGGAGAUGGAGAUCUUGUGGGUGUCAGUGAAACUCCGGCUACACCUUAUUCUUCCAUCUCGUCCUCCUCUACGGAGGCGGCCGGUGAUGAUGAUUCAAACAAGAGUAAGAAAGAGAAUCAACAGAAGGAGAGUGUUGAAGAUGGAGAAAACAGCUCUAAGAAAGAGGCUAAAGCGAAGAAGAAAGGAGAGAAGAAGAAGCAACGGGUGCCUCGAUUUGCUUUCAUGACAAAGAGUGAGGUUGAUCAUUUAGAAGAUGGAUAUAGAUGGAGAAAAUAUGGACAGAAGGCUGUGAAGAAUAGUCCUUAUCCAAGAAGCUACUAUAGAUGCACGACUCAAAAAUGCUCGGUGAAGAAACAUGUUGAGAGAUCACAUCAAGAUCCUUCAAUUGUGAUCACGACGUAUGAAGGUCAACACAACCACCUCGUACCAUCAAGUCUUAGAGGAAACAUUGGUGGAAUGCUUCCUCCUUCUUCUAUGCUAACAUCAUCAAUACCACUGCACGAAGGAAGCAGUUUUCCAGCACAAUUGUUACAGCUUCAUCAAAUGAGCAAUGAUCAUCUCUACAAUUAUGGCAGCGCAAAUAAUGUGUAUGAUCAGCAAAAUUUAGCUGCACUGCACCAGCCUCAACUUCCUGAAUAUGGGCUUUUGCAAGAUAUGAUUCCCACUUUUUUCCCCAAACAGGAGCCCUAAGAAAAUUACAGAAUUCUAAUCCAGCCUCGAACAAGUUUUAUUAUUUAAGCUUGUCUUUUGUUCUUUGAUUUAUUAUGCUUUCAUGUCACACUUUCAUACUCUGAUUUGGAGGUUAUAAAAAAUUCCCUACUU